CAGGUCCUAGGGAUUUAACGUCCAGGGUGGGUCUGUUCCCGACUGAACCCACCACAAUCGACAUCAUUACCAAAGCUAGCGAUCACCACUUAACCUGACGCCUUCAAUGCGCCAUCAGACAUAAUGAACGCGCCUAAUACAGUCUUGCGCAGCCUGCGCUUGUCAAAACAGAUCCCCCGGUGUACAAGAUUCACAAAUGCACCGCCAAGGAGACAAUUCACAUCCUCUAUCUUCCGUCGCAAGCAACAGCCAUCAGCCGACGAUCCAGAAUUCGUCUCCAUUCUCGACGGACCUCCAAAGCUUGUCCGUGUUGGAAAACGCCAUGGCCCAGGUCUAAUCAUCCUCGCUAUCAUCCCCAUUACAGCCUUCAUUCUCGGGACAUGGCAAGUCCAGCGUCUGGGCUGGAAAUCCGAACUUAUCGCUAAAUUCGAAGACCGACUGAUCCGCGACCCUCUACCCCUCCCACCAACCAUUGAUCCCGAUGCUAUUCAUGACUUUGACUAUCGCCGUGUGGUAGCGAAAGGGCAUUUCCGACAUGAUCAAGAAAUGCUCAUUGGACCGCGUAUGCGAGAUGGCACAGAUGGAUACAUGGUAGUCACACCAUUGGAGCGAGAGAACGGCACGACAAUUCUCGUGAACCGAGGCUGGAUCGACAAGAAGCACAGAGAUAAGAGAACACGACCUGAUGGACUACCGACGGGUGAGGUCACAGUGGAAGGACUUCUAAGAGAGCCGUGGAAGAAGAACAUGUUUACGCCAGAGAAUCAGCCCGAGAAGGGCAUGUUUUAUUUCCCGGAUGUGAAGCAGAUGGCUGCUUUGACUGGUAGCCAGCCUGUCUGGGUUGAGGCUACUAUGGGUAUGUCUAUCAUCAUAAUCUUUCAUCUCGUGAUGUCUUGCUAACGACAUCAGAACCCGAGUUCAUGCAAAUGGUCGACUUCGAGGCUCGCGGUAUUCCCUAUGGCCGACCCGCGGAGGUAAACCUGCGAAACAACCACGCCCAGUAUAUCUUUACCUGGUAAGUUGCCUCAUUCUAUGUCGAUCGGCACCGGGCUUUCUGACCCCAUACUUUAGGUAUGGCCUUGCUGUCGCAACAUCCAUCAUGCUUUGGAUGGUAGUCAAAAAGCCUGCAAACGAUGUCGCUCGUCGUGUAGCCCGUUCAAAGGGCCUGUAAACUGUAGAUCUCAUAACGCAUGCACCAUGUAAAACUCAUGUGUCUUCAGCAUCUUCUGCAACUUCUCCCUCGUCGCCUCGACCAGACACACGCCUUGCCUUGCCUUGCUUAGCGGGUUGCGGAACUGGCAUCCUCAGCUCCUGGAGGAGUUCUCUUGGGAGGUGCUUCUGUGCCAAGGAGAACAUGGAGGAACGCGGUCCUAUCUGACGUUGCCUGUACGAUAUUAGAAUUUCUGGUUAGAACAAAAUACGGAGCUGAUACCCCAGUGAAACAACAUACCUUUUCAUGAGUGUGAAGACGUCGCUCUCCUCAAUUGUUCUGCGCUUCGCGUGAUCCGCAUAGGCUCCCAGAUCGUCACCCAGCUGCUCGAAAAACCAUUCAGAGGACUGGAUAAGAGCAUCCAAUGUCUCCGCCGAUAGACGCUGGUUGCUCAGACCUGACGAUUGGAGAGCCGUCUGGGCCACUCGCUUGACGAAAGCCGGAGGCAGUGACGGGUAUUCAAUGCCAUGUUGUGAUACCCGCUUUCGCUUCUUUGCUUUCAAGCCGCGAGGUAGCCUAUCAUCAGCUGGUUCAUGACGCAUCCCUGUUGUGACUGUUGGCUCUGGCAUUGGCCCUGGCUCUUCAUUUAUCGAGCUAUGAUCGUCGACGCCAGCAUCGUUAUAAUCCCAACCGUCCAUUCCGAAGCCCCCGCCACCAGCAUCGGAGUCGGAUCCGUACAUAACAUCGGGGCGGGAGUCCUGAGCGUCAUCUGCCACGGCUUGUGCGACUGACGGGUCGACAAUUGGUGAUGUUGCUUGAAGAUCGUUGGCGGGAUCAGACAUUUGAAAGACAGUUCCAUCCUCAAGUCCACCAGGGUACUCAAAGUUGAAGUCGCUUCCUCGACCCUCG